AUGAGUCGAUUACUCGAAAAAGCGUUCGAAUCAGUGAUUCUUGUUGAACAGUUCCCGAGAUCUCAAAUCGACAUUUUCUGCGAAGUACUUCAGGGUGACGGCUCGAAUUUAGCUGCUUGUGUGAAUGCCACUUCGCUCGCUUUGGCAGAUGCUGGGAUCCCGAUGAAAGGCAUCGCCUCGGCGGCCACUUGCGGUAUUGUCGAUAGCAAACCGAUUGUGGAUUUAACGUCCAGAGAGGAAACUGACCUUUUGCCCAGGGUUACGCUAGCUACUAUUUGCGGCCGUGACGAAGUCAUCCUCGUGGAGCUCCAGAAUCGCCUUCACAUUGAUUAUCUUCCGAUUGUAAUGGAAACCGCCAAGUCGACCUGUUCAGAUGUUUACGAUUGUUUGGCUGUCGUUGCUCAACAGCACCUCAAAGCUUGCCAGCCGAUAGCUGCAUGA